UCCCUGUCACGUGACAGAGGGCCGCCUGUGGUUGGUGAUGUGACAGUGCUGCUAGCACUCGUUAGCUAAGUUUGUUGACUUUCGCAGUUACUCGCGCCUCCUGACCGUUGGGAGAAAAGCUAGCAAAAAUGGACAACAGCGGGAAAGAAAAAGAAGCCGCGGCUUUAAUGGCGGAGGCGGAGAAGAAGUUAAAGUCUUCCCAGUCGUUUUUCGGCUCGAUGUUUGGCGGUUCCUCUAAGUUGGAAGAGGCCUGUGACAUGUAUGUGAGAGCAGCCAACAUGUACAAGAUGGCGAAGAACUGGUGUGGUAAGAAGGCCGACCUCUUCUCCUUCUCCUCCUCAUUCACGGCUGUAUUUAUGAUCACUGUUAUAACACCAAACCAUCUGCUCUCAGCUGCAGGAAAUGCGUUUUCCAAAGCUGCUCAUCUUCACCUGCAGAUGCAGAGCAAACACGAUGCAGCCACCAACCUGAUAGACGCUGGAAACGCCUUCAAAAAGGCAGAUCCACAAGAGGCUAUCAACUGCUUAAACCGAGCCAUCGAGAUUUACACAGAUAUGGGUCGUUUCACCAUCGCAGCGAAGCAUCACAUAUCCAUCGCAGAGAUUUACGAGACAGAGUUGGUGGACAUCGACAAGGCCAUUGCUCAUUUUGAACAAGCAGCAGAUUAUUAUAAAGGUGAAGAAUCCACCAGUUCUGCAAACAAGUGCCUUCUUAAAGUUGCGACCUAUGCAGCCCAGCUGGAGCAGUACCAGAAAGCGAUAGAGAUCUAUGAACAGGUUGGAACUCACGCGAUGGACAGUACGCUCCUGAAAUACAGCGCCAAGGAUCACUUCUUCAAGGCGGCGCUGUGUCACUUCUGUGUAGAUAUGCUAAACGCAAAGCUUGCCGUGCAGAAGUAUGAAGAAAUGUUUCCAGCGUUUUCAGACUCCAGAGAGUGCAAGCUGUUGAAGAAACUUCUAGAUGCAUAUGAAGAACAGAACGUGGACGGCUACACUGACGCGGUGAAGGAAUAUGACACCAUUUCCCGUCUGGACCAGUGGCUCACUACCAUGCUGCUACGCAUCAAGAAGACCAUACAGGACGACGAGAACGACCUCCGCUGACCUCACCAGCCGCCUCACAUCCUUCGAUUCCCGCUGCAUUCAUCGUUUUAUGUACUCUCUAUUUUCUGCCGUCUGCAUUAUGUCUUUGUUGCCUUUUAUUCCACUCAGAACAAGUCUUUAUAUCAUGCGUGUGAACACUAUCUCGCUGGCUGCGCUCGGCACCCGGUAUUAGUUUUACGUUCGGCAUUUUGGCCACAACAUUCAUGAUUGGGAUGCAAUAAUACCAGCAGACUUGAGUGAUGAAGAUUAAAACUUUAUUUCCGCUGUCGUGUGAUGAGUGAGAGAUCGCGGAUAACGGUGUGAUUGAAAUGUCCAGAAUAAACUAAACGAACUGAAACGCGAGUUCUGCCUGCAGCGGUAACAUUUGGAGUUUUAUUUUUCUUAGAUCAGGGCAUUUCUAAUUAAAAAGCGAGUCUGAGUUGUAACCCUCCUCUGCCUUAAGCUGCUCUCAGGAUGUGCACAGCAGGACGCUUCCAAAGGGCUGGGCGAUAAUUUUAGACAUUAAUCACACUUUUUCUUGUUUUUGAACUUUUUUUUUUUUUUUUUUGCACAAUCCGUUUCUUUUCCCACCAAUUCUCAUUUUGUAGUUUAGAGCGUUGCACCAAGAACCACCGUCUUGUUUUACAGCUCCUAUUUAUUUGGACAUUGAAUUCAGGUCAACAUUUAACGGUCAGGUUGAGGAUAAAGCCGUAAUAUUAGUAAAACGAAGAAGCAAUUUUUACGAACUCCAAAGCUAAAAACAAAAAACAAUCUAUCCAAGUGUUUUUCUUGUGUAAUUUUAAGAAAUUUUUCUGACUAAAUUUCAUUUUUAUUCGGCUAAUAUUAUGACUACGUUAUUGUAAUUAAACAAAACGUCUCAGUCUGGCCCUAAUCUCGCGCUGACUGGAGUAAAAGAUAUUUUCAGUCUUUUUUUUUUUUUUUUUUUUGAAAAAAAGAGAUUUUAAAAAUUAUUAAAAUUGAAUCUGGUAUGAAAAAAAUCUGACUAUCCUCAUAAUUAAAUAUCCACAUGACAUUCUUCUUGUAAUUAAUUUUAAAAUCUUGCAGCUUCCCCCCUAAUAUUGAACUUAAAGAAAGGAUGAAUUAAUUAAAGUCACCUUUUGAAAAUAUUUUCUGUCAUUUGUAAAAAAAUUUUUUUUAACAAAAUCGAUUAAAGAAACUAUUAAAGUUGGAUAAAAUCUCCCAAUUAUGUUUAUACUUUCAUAAUUAAAUAUCUAAACGACUACAUAUUUGGAAUUAAAUAAAAAUUCUUGAGGCCAGGUUACAAUAGUUUGUUGCACAAUUGAAAUAAAAGCCACUUUUUAAAAUAUUUUCUGUCAUUUGUAAUUUCUGUUUUUAAGGGGAAAAAAUUAACAUCAGAUUGAGUAUGAAAAAACAAAACUUAAGUAAACAUAUUCUCAUAAAUAACUUAAAAUUCUUGCAGUUUUCCCCUAAUUUUCUGUCGUACAACUUAAAGAAGGGAUGACUGAAAUAAAAGCAAAAUAUUUUCUGUCAUUUGUAAUUUCUUUACAAAAGAUAGCAAUUAAAAUCAGACUUUAUUUUGAAACGUUAUCGCCCAGCCCUUAUUAGCGGUGACUUUGCGUAUUUGCUCCCAUUUAAAGUCAUUUUAUUCCUGAAAAGAUCUUGACCUUUGUGAUCAUUUGCAUGGCUUGGAAUGAAAGGGGGGUUUAUUGGUUUAGCAGAAUGGUUUGUAUUUUUGUAAGCAGGCUGAUUAAAUUGUGUUUGACAGCCUGAUGGAGAUGCAAUACAUUUAAAAAAAAGAAAAAGCUUUAUGGAUCGGGACACUGUGCUCACAUCUCCUCCCAAUGAUCCUGUGAAACGUUUGGUCUUGAGCGUUGUUUGUGAUGUCUUGUUGAAUAAACCUGAGUGGACCUGCA